AUGUCCCUCUCCCCCAGCAUUCCUGCUCUCGAGCCUGCGAACUCUGGCAACCACAUUCAGAUGACGAAAGUCUCGCCCUCCGACCUCGAAGCAUUCAUCACAGCCUCAGUGGAUGGAUUCCAAAGUAUAGGCCGCUUAACUGAUCUGCUCGGCCUCCUCACGCAAAGUGCUGCGGCACGAUCGCAAACAGAUAUAGUGCUCUACCUUGCUCACCUUGAUGGCAAGGUCGUGGCCUCGGUGGAUAUGGAAGUCAUGAACAGUGUAGCACACCUAUACAUUAAUAGCGUGCUCCCCUGGACACGGGGAAAGGGCCUCCAACACUUAUUAGAGAGGGCCUAA